AUGAAGCCUGAAAUCAAGCUGGAGCAAGAAAUCACAAAGAGGAAGACACUGCUUACAGCUGCUGAAAGCAUUAUCCAUGGAGAUUCCCCAGUAGCUCACCCAGAGGUUGUGAUGAGUGAAUUGAACAAACUGGUAACUGCCUAUCCUCUUCUAAAGGAUAUGAAUGAAAAUGAUAACUUAUUCAGUUUCAAAGUUAUGGAUGGACUGGAAGACAGCAUUGCAAAGUGUAUUGAUUUUGGCCAGAUACAUGACCGCUUCCAGUUGUUGUCAUGUCUAGAACUCAGUGUAAUGGAUCAAGUUACAAGAAAGUCUUCAGAUAAAGUGCCUACUAAAUCAGAUAUGUAUAGAAAUUAUCAACUUUCAAAUGUCAGUAACACUGGUGUCUCCAUUGACAGUAUAUGUCAAGUUGGUAUUUCAAAUUUAAUGGCCACAACAGCCAAAGAGUCUGAUGAAAUUACAAAUAAUCACAGAUUCUCUCCAAUCAGCAAUCAAAAGUCUCUUGGGAGCAGCUCAGAAACCCUUAUGCAAGUAAAUGGAAACUUCAGAGAAAUUGGAUGGAGCGACAAGAGAACUUCCAUAGAAACUUCAGAUGCUCAAGUGACCUUCCUAAGAGAAAUUAACUCUUGUGGAAUCCCAAAUGAAGAGAUUAACUCGACUGGGGAAAAUUUUUUUUGUGACACACAUUUAGGCCAAUUUGAAAGCAGUUUCCCAGUUUGUAGUAAUAAAUUUAGUAGCUUAAAAUUGACCAACGAUUUUCUCAACCCUGAAAUGGAAAGUCAGGCCAGUUGUAUAUCAGAAGAAAAGACAAAUUCACAGCAGCUUCAAUUUGAAAAUAAAUUAAAUGUGCAGUGUUAUAAUGAUGAUGAAGAUUGCACUUUAAAUAUCGAGUCAGUUAUGAGUACAGACAUCCAGCUACAAGCAGAACAGUUUUCUUCAUUAAGAUUAGCUCCAUCAGAUACAUCGACCAAGCUCAGUGAAGAUUCUUUUAUAUUCAGCCCCAGUCUUAAACAUUCAGAAAACAUUGAUUUACAAGUACCAGAUACAGUUGAGUGUGUUAACAUUCCUAAAGACUGGGAUUUGUUAGGAGCUCGUCCAAAAUUGCCUGCUUUUGCUCCUCUUCCUAGCACACAAGAAUUUGGGAAAGAAUUAGACUUGUCAACUCUGAAGAGAAGUGUAUCUGCUGUCAGUCUUCAGUCAAGUAGUUCAAGUGUGACCAGUUCACUACUGCCAUCUAAGUUGUCUGCUUUGUUUAUGGAGGAAGACGUAGAGGUUACUCACAUCCACAACCCAUCAUUCUUCUAUGUUCAACGUAAAAUUGAUUGUGAUAAGUUGAAGAAGCUCUUCAGAAUGAUUAAUACAAAACCUAAGAAAAAGUUACCACAAAACUUAAUCCCCAGUGUUGUUUAA